GGCAGCGUAUAAGGUUUAGAGAUUCACAACAGACCGAUCAACACUCCUUCGCAGCCCAGCCUACAGCAUACGCAGGAAUGGAAACCCAAGAUGCCUACCGACUGCGAUCGUUGAGGGAAGGGUAUGUAUCGCCUUACAUCCAAAGACAUCCUCGCAAGCCUCUCCAGGAGGGAUCAGAAUAUGGGAUCUGCCUUGAGCCCUUCACCGACGUUAUCAAACAACCUGAACUCACGACGUGGUGCUCAAUUUGUGGAGAAAAUGCGCACAAGGAAUGUGUAGAGAGAUGGCAUCUAGAGGAAGUUGGGGCUGGACGCACAUGUCCUUUCUGGUAUGUGCCUUUUUGAGCGUUAUUAUUUUGGUCAAUUGACUAAUCAAAUAUAGUUGCGGUUCCUGGUCUGGCAGCUCGCACACACGCCCAUCAAUCCAACGUGGAUUAAGAGUGGCGAUGUUAUAUCGACAGAGUUCCGCCAUGUUAGCAGAAAGACGUCGGCGCAAUUAUUCUCGUAGGCAAAACGAUGAUGCCGAUAUCAUGAUGGAGACGCUGAGCCUGACAGUUGAGAUUCGGGACUUGGAAACGUGGCCUGCUACCCAGGAACAGACAACCACAGCUGAAUCUGAUGGAGAUCCUUUCGCGCAUGAAAACGAAAUGUUUGAGAAUGGGGAUAUGUUUGGUUCUGAAGGAAACAAUGGCAAUGAUGGAGGUCGCCUGGAAUGAAAAGAAUGGAAAAGUGUUGAAGCAUACCAUGACUGGUAAUUGGCUUCGAUUUCACAACAUUUUCACUCUACACUCUAUUGGGGUUAUUGGCCUGCGUGACCUUCUUGCGCUGGAGAAUAUGCUUGGACGCUAG